AUGCACGCUACCAUUUGCCUCAUACUGCCAUGGGCGGCGUUGCUUGGACUUGCGAGGGCACAGCAAGGCGCGUGGGCCCAAUGCGGUGGUGUCGGCCACACGGGCGGAACGACAUGCAUCUCGGGAUAUUUCUGCCGAUAUCAGAAUGACUGGUAUUCGCAGUGUGUUCCAGGAAGCUCUGUACCCACAACAGGCCCAGCCCAACCUUCUCCUUCUUCUUAUUCUUCGACUUUGCAAACCUCUACGACAUCGCCCGGUGGAGGUCCAGUCACGACCCCGUCGGCGACGUCCACGGUGCCCGGCGGUGGCGGCAUCGCAUGCCCCGCUCUUCCUAGCGGCCUCGGGGCCUCCAGUUCGGUUCUGCCCGACCCCUUCACGUUCCAGAACGGAGGCAAAGUCACAUCCAAGGCCGACUGGACUUGCAAGCAAGCGGAAAUCAGCGCCCAGCUCCAGCGCGUUGAGCUCGGAACCCUCCCUCCCAAACCGCAAUCCGUCACGGCGUCAUACUCCGGGAACAAGCUCACCAUCAACGUGUCGGACGGUGGCAAGUCCACCUCUUUCGCCGUGACAAUCACCAAGCCCAGCGGCAACAGCGUCCCGGCCAUCAUCGCCUUCGGCGCCGCGAGCAUCCCCAUCCCGUCGAGCGUGGGCACCAUCACCUUCAACAACGACGAGAUCGCUCAGCAGCAAGGCAGCGGAUCACGAGGCAAGGGAAAGUUUUACGACCUGUACGGGAGCGGGCACAGCGCAGGCGCCUUAAUGGCCUGGUCUUGGGCCGUGUCCCGCAUCGUCGACGCGUUGGAGCUGACACCCUCGGUGGGCAUCGACCCAAGGCGUCUGGGCGUGACGGGGUGCUCCCGCAACGGCAAGGGGGCCAUGGUGGCCGGCGCGUUCGAACCCCGAAUCGCGCUCACGCUGCCGCAGGAGUCCGGGGCCGGGGGCGCGGGAUGCUGGCGGAUCGCCGACUGGCAGAACCGAAACGGCUUCACGGUGCAGGAUGCCAAGCAGAUCGUUGGGGAGAACCCGUGGUUUGGGCCGGCCUUCAACCAGUACACGGGCAGCGUCGACCGGCUCCCGUUCGACCACCACAUGCUCGCGGGGCUCAUCGCGCCGAGGGCUAUGUACGUGAUGGAGAACCCCGACUUUGAGUGGCUGGGGACGAUGAGCACGUACGGGUGCAUGGGCGGUGCGCGGAAGCAGUGGCGGGCACUUGGGGCGCUGGACGGAUUCGGGUACAGCCAGGUCGGGAACCACGGGCACUGCAGCUUCCCCGCUGCGCAGCAGGGCGAGUUGAACGCGUUUAUCGGCCGGUUCCUUCUCGGGCAGGCCGGCGUGUCGACGGGGGUUUUCAGGACGGACCAGACUUAUAACAGCUUCAAUGUUGAUAGCUGGUCGCCGUGGACGGUUCCAACGUUGGUCUGA